CUCACGUGUUCCUGCAAGAGUUGCCGGCCCUGAUUAACCCCACACGCUUCAAGGUCGGAGCUAUGGCUGGCAAAGAGGAGUUAGCCGUACAAGCUUCACCCGAGAUCAGUAUUAAGGAAUGUUUGAUGAGCACGGAGGAUUACGAAGAGGUGCAGUUCUCCAGUCUGUCCGGCACCUCGUUUAUAAUGUUGCAGAGCAAGAAGGAGAACAUCGACGACAACAGCAACAGCAGCAGCAGCAACACUAACAACAACAACAACAACAGCAACAGCAGUAACAGCAACAACAACAACAACAACAACAGCAACAGCAUAAAGAAGAAGAAAUUGAAAGAUGAGAAGCGUUGUCGAGUUUGCGGAGAUGUUGCCCUUGGUUACAACUUUGAUGCAGUCACCUGUGAAUCGUGCAAGGCAUUCUUUCGACGAAAUGCAAGAGGGAGCAAGCCGACUCGGUGUUUGUUCCAAGGUAAUUGUGCGAUCGAUGUAAGAACUCGCAGAUUCUGCCCACAUUGUCGUCUACAGAAAUGUUUCUCUGUUGGUAUGAAAAAGGACAUGAUUUUAGAUGAAACAGAGCGGAAAGCUAGAAUGGCCAAAGUUUUGGAAAAUCGACAGAAACGCCAGUCAACUGGCAAAAGUAGAGAAGAAGUGACGUCAUCUGAUCAGGAAGCUUGUUCUGAUUGGUCAGAUUUAAUGAGCAAUACACCAAUGAGUAACUUCAGUGACAACUCUCCAACCCCUACUACAGCUUCUAAUGAACCAGUCCCCAUCAAAGUGGAUUUGGCUUCUCUACCAAAAGAGAGAGAACUGUACCGUAAACUGACCGAGAAUGAAACAGUUUUCAUCAAGGAGUUAACAAUGCUGUACGAAUCAACCUUAGCAUCUCAAGUAGAUUCUUAUCACAGUGAGAAGAGCAACUAUUCAAGCAUCAACCAACUGGUGAACAAUUCGGAAAUUGCUGUAAGGCGUUUGAUUAAAUUUGUCAAGCGUCUCGAUGACUUUAUGCGUUUGAGUCAAGAGGAUCAAAUAGCUACACUGAAGGCUUGUGUUCUCAGUACAAUUCUCUUGCGGUCGGUGGCAUUCUACUCAUAUGAAAAAGAUGCAUGGAUCACGACCAAAGGUGAGGUACCGACAAAGAUUCUAAAAGAGGUGACCGGCUACUUCAAUCUUCAUGACUCUCACACUCGUUAUUGUCGCAGCUUAAAGUAUGUUGUACAAGACAACCAUGAAGUGAUGACGCUGCUACAGCUAAUCAUAAUCUUCAAUCCUGAGGGACCGAACCUCAGCAGUCGGACUUUGAUCUCUGAUAUUCAGGACCAUUACAUCACGUUAUUAAAACAUUACCUGGAGUCAGAGUUUUCUUUCAGCUAUGCCAAAGAGAUAUUACCAUUCCUUCUACAGAAACUCGCUGACUUGAAAGAUCUCAGUGAAGAACACUCAAAAAUUCUUUUACAAGUUAAUCCGACACAGAUUGAGCCAUUAAUGCUUGAGGUGUUAAAUCUGAAAUGAUAGCCACUGGUCAAUUUCUUAUUUGGCCUUAAUUUACUU